AUGUCUGAACCACCACAUCUAGGCCCUUCUGUGUUGUUACCAGAGAUGACAUGUCGUACAGAUGCUGCAUGCCAGCCUGCUUUCCAGAGCCAGCCUACUGAUCAAGGUCAACCUGGCUUGCGUCAUCUCGGUAGCACCCAGGUACGAUUGCGUACAGGAGCACGUAUGACGGAGACCAUAGGUGAUUAUCGUGAUAUCUUUCAGGAGCUUCAAAUUGACCCAGCAUUUCAAACCUCGUUUUGGACUGACAUCAUCUACCGAUACCGUCAGUUUGCAAGACAUGCCACGUUCCUCAAGCGUGGCACACAAGCAUCUAUCAGGAACAUGAGCGAUGAAAUUCUCCGUGCAUACGGUGAGCGAGUCUGGGGACAAACUUCGUCAUGGAGAAGUGGGCUAGAGACAGGAGAGAAGAUGUUGCUGUAUGAGAAAAAUGGAGCCAACGAAGGACUGCACGAAAUUCUUGCCAAGAUGUGGUGGAGAAUGCGAGAGCUUCUAUACGAGGAGAAACCCAAACCCAAACCCACACCCAAAAAGCGUGGUAGAACUACGUUGGAAAGAUUGGGAAAUUAUGCAGUUGAGCCUUCCUACUUUGAAGGUGACGAGAUCUAUCUAGGAGACAUCGACGACGACAGAGACAACACCCCUGUUGGGACCGACUCGGACGCUGGAACAUCCAUAAAAUCGUCUGGGAAGGCUCGAGCUAAGACUGCCGCAAAGCUGGACAAGCUUACCGGGAAACUGCCAGCUCCCGAGCCAGGCCAAUUUCUCACCUUCCAGCAAACUGAGCAGGAGAUCAUGAACUUAAUUGAACGACUCCAUGAUCUACGUCUUAGCAGUAAACCAGACAUCUUUGAGCGCCUAUGGCUUGCCCAUAUUGGUCGUAUCGAGGAGAUUGAAGCACAUACCGAGCCGUAUGAGAUCACUCCGAUUGGGCAUCAGGUGGACGAGGAGGGUAGUCCGCUGGGCGGUAAAGCAGUUGAUUGCGGUGGUGACCAGGUCGAAGAAGACACCGUCAUGGAAGAUGGGGAGGAGACUUUCGCGUUUGCAAGCAAGGUCAAACGCUUCAACGCCUCUACAACACAACCAGGCGACAAUUUCCUGCGAGCCACCACAGAUGCAGCUGCUAUCCCCUUCCCAGCCAGUCUUCUCUCGGAUGAUGCGAUCAGAAGACGCAUCUUUCCAAACUACUCGGCCGAGCCUUUCAACACUUCGGGCAAUCCCAUUCCUCCAACCCUGACACAAAAGCAUGACAUACCACCCACUCUUCCUCAAUUGAUGUCCAUCUACAUCAUGACUUCACUACCACGCUCUCCCUACCACAACCGUGCGUAUCACCACCCCGGAGCUCCGGUGCAAGAACAGGACCAGGUGGCCUUCUUCACUCAGGUGAUGAAACGAGUCGACCACAUCGUAGACAAGGAUGUCAAGGGGUAUGCAUUGAGCUACGGCUGGUGCGAUACUAGUCGUUGGGUUGAGAAGACCGUCGGAACUGGCUGCGGCGGAGUUGGUAAGGGAGAAGAAGCAGGGGAGAGUGAAGGAGAGAGAUUGGGGUGGGGAGUGUUUCAGAAGGAUCUGCUCGAGGCGGCAAAUUCAGGAGUGAUGAUUUGGCGGAUGAAGGUGCUUGUUGUGAAGAAGUGA